AUGACUCCAAAUGAGCUUCGCAAUUGGCUUGAGCAAGAGCAAUCACAGACAUCGGGUUGGGUGGGCAAUUCAGGGAGACUAUCGGUCAUGAAAGACUUGAGAGCUAAAGCUAGCGGUAGUGGCCGAAGAAUUGUGCGAAUCCUCGAGCACAACCCCGCCGCGAACCCGUCCGAGUAUAGCGAUCAAGACAUUGACCACAUGCGUCGCGUGGUAUCCUACUGCAAGCGCCACCUAGCGCAAGAGGAGCGCGCCAAGCAUGACACGAGUAGUAAGAGUUAUCGAUCGCUCAAAAACUGGGGUCAUGAUGCACUCAAAGAGUAG